CAUAGUGCUGGACGGGAAGUAACUUAAAAUACUUUUAUGAAAAAAAAUCCUCCAAAUGACAGCUCCUCGGGCAGAGUGUCUCUCCUGACAACGACGCCGAAGUGCUUUAUUUUACUUUCUGGUCCUCGGCAAAGUGAACAGAGGAGUUACCAAAGUCCCCUGACACGCUCCAGCGAUGGUGACUUUACGCACGGGAUUUGAAGGCUGUUUGAACUGACUCCUCUUGUUUGGUCUCAGCGCUGAAAGUCUGCGAUCGUAGCAACGAAUAAUCUGCAAGUUUACAAGAAACACACAGCGAGGUGUCGAAUAUUUGGAUCCAGGUGACGUUCAUGAAUUUUAAAGUCAUUCACAAGUGAGAAGAGGGUGUUGGAGUUGAAGUCUCUUAUUUCUAAUGAUGUCUUCCGUGCGAGCAACGCCUCCCUUUCACCCACCUUCUGAGGAAGAGGAGCUGAUAGGUCAGGACAGCGUGGCCUGGGCCAAAGACGAGCGAGAGGGCCCGAAGGAGACGGCGUCACCCUCUUCGCAUGACCAGCCCCACCCCGACGAGCUGCAGCCAGUCAGAGAGAAACCAAUGGAUGUUGAGUGGGAGAACGUUGGGUCUGCUGCAAUGGACAAUGAAAGCAGUAAAGGCUGCUCAGUCUACUCCUACCGGACUAACUCUACCUCUCCACACAAGCCAGAGGAGUGUUCCAGGGAUCGCGGGGAGCCCAUGAUCAGCCUCGCAUUCGGGACGCCAGAGCGCCGCAAAGGAAGCCUCGCGGACGUGGUGGACACGUUGAAACAGAAGAAGCUCGUGGAGCUGACCAAGACAGAACAAGAUGAACCGUCUUGCAUGGAGAGGCUCCUGUCCAAGGACUGGAAGGAACGCGUCGACCGCCUGAACGCCAAUGAACUGCUGGGGGAGGUCAAAGGUACGCCAGAGUCUCUGGAGGCGAAGGAGCGCCAGCUUUCCACCAUGAUCGGUCAGCUGAUCAAUCUGAGAGAGCAGCUCCUCGCCGCCCAUGACGAGCAGAAAAAGAUGGCCGCUUCACAGCUGGAGAAGCAGAGACAACAGAUGGAGCUCGCCAGGCAGCAGCAGGAGCAGAUCGCCAGACAACAGCAGCAGCUCCUGCAGCAGCAGCAAAAGAUUAACAUUCUCCAGCAACAGAUCCAGGUCCAGGGUCACAUGCCUCCUCUGAUGAUCCCAGUGUUUCCUCACGACCAGAGGUCCUUGGCUGCUGCUGCUGCUGCACAGCAAGGCUUCCUCUUCCCACCGGGCAUGUCUUACAAGCCAGCAGGCGAGAAUUACCCCAUGCAGUUCAUUCCAUCCACAAUGGCAGCUGCAGCAGCAUCUGGACUCAGCCCUUUACAACUACAGCAGCUGUAUGCAGCCCAGCUGGCAAGCAUGCAGAUCUCACCAGGAGCCAAGAUGGCUCCCCUCCCGCAAGCUCCCAACUCCUCCGGUCCCCUUUCCCCCUCCGCCCUGAAGAGCGAGAAGCGAGCAUCCAGCCCUGUCGCUCAGAUUAAGGAGGAAGGGUCCACACAGCCAUUGAACCUCUCGGCCAGACCGAAGACAGCUGAGGCUCUUCGCUCCCCAACGUCCCCAACACAGAGUCUGUUCUCUGGAAACAAGACCAGCCCUACAGGCAUGGGCAAGGGCCGCAUCCCCAGCCCCAUCCCCAACACGGGCAGGAACACCUCUCUUGACAUCCUGUCCAGCCUCAACUCCACAGCACUGUUUGGGGACCAGGACGCAGUGAUGAAGGCCAUCCAAGAGGCCAGGAGCAUGAGGGAGCAGAUCCAGAGGGAGCAGCUCCACCAACAGCAGCAGCAGUCAGGACACCAGAGUCUGGAGGCCAAACUGUCUGCCCUCACCAGCAUGAGCCUCAACAACGGCAACAAGGAGCGGCUGCACUAUGAGACGCUGAGCCAGCACUUGGGGAAGCUAGGAGAGGAUGCUGGGAAGAUGGUCCAUCGAGUCAUUGACCUGACGAGACCUGAAGACCUGGAUGGGAGUAAUAUCACGGAGGCGAGGGUGUUCAGGGAGGCGCGGGGCAGGAACAACAAUGAGCCCCACAUCAAAAGGCCCAUGAAUGCCUUCAUGGUGUGGGCCAAAGACGAGAGGAGGAAGAUUCUGCAGACCUUCCCAGACAUGCACAACUCCAACAUCAGCAAGAUCCUUGGCUCUCGCUGGAAAGCCAUGACCAACCAGGAGAAACAGCCGUACUACGAGGAGCAGGCCCGUUUAAGCAAGAUCCACUUGGAGAAAUAUCCCAACUACAAGUACAAGCCGCGGCCCAAGAGGACCUGCAUUAUCGACGGCAAGAAGCUGCGCAUCGGAGAGUACAAGCAGAUGAUGCGAUCACGACGUCAGGAGAUGAGGCAGUUCUUUGUGGGGCCUCAGCCACCAAUUCCUCUUGGCAACAGCCCAGGCGGGGUAGGAGUUUACCCAGGCGCCAUAACCAUGGCAACGACAGCCACACCAUCUCCACACCUGACCUCAGACUGCUCCAGCAACUCAGCCAGCCCUGAGCCCGCCAUCCCCGUCAUUCAGAGCACGUAUGGGGUGAAGUCCGAGCCCGGUGGUGGCGGAGGCAGCAACGGAGGUGGGGUUGGAGCCUUGGAUCUCCCCAGCGACCCCACCAAUGGAGACGACGACAUGGACAUGUAUGAGGACUUUGAGGACGAGCCCAAGUCAGACUAUAGCAGUGACCACGAGACACGGGAGGCCGUCAGUGCCAACUGAGUGUGCUCAGGGUGUCAGUUGUAAAAAGAGGAAAAUUAAAAACUGUCGUUAUACUCAGAAACACUUUUUAAAAACAUAGUUUAUUACAGAGACCUUCAGGCAGACUUUCAGGACAUGCUGCGACAUGCACUGAGCAUGCCCAGGCAGGACUUAAACUCAGCGGACAUGCUCAGAAAGUUCUUGGACAGUAUAUUGAUGGACGUCCAUUUGAAGAAGAGGGCUGAUGGGAAAAAUGUGACCCGAGAACACAACCUGAACAGACAUUCAGACAUCCAGCUGACAAUGAACUUCAGUUUCCUACACUAUGACAAUCUUAACAGGAGCGCAUAAGAAUUAGAAGAGAGAGAAUGAGAGAGAAUGGGACAAAGAACAAACGAGCAACAAACACAUUGCUGUGUGGUUUGUAAAGAGCAUGCAUGGAUUUUGAAGCAUCAGGAAUUGGUCUUCAACAGCUAUUUGGUCUUAAAUGUUUAAGGAGUGAUUUAGUUUUUAUCAUUAUGUAUUUACUUUUUUGUGUUUUUUUUCCUUUUUGUUUUUUUUUUGUUCUAUAGACUUUUUUCUGACAGGUCACUGCCUGUACAAACUCUGGACUGUCAGAACUUGAAAUUUGAAAAGUUUUAAUAUAAAUCCUAGCUCUUGUAAUCUUAUAGUCUUACUUUUGUUUCUUAUGAAUACAGUGCAUCUACAUCUUUUUUUCUGACAAACUGCUUAAAUUACAUUACUGUUAGAUUUUUUUUUUUUUUUUUUUUAAUAUCCCAGCUCAGGUAUGAUGUGCCAGCUUGUGAAUGUGUUUUUUUCUUUUGUUUGUUUUCAUACAAAAAGAGUGGUAGGACUUUUCAGAUUGUCAAUGAAAUAAAGGGAGCAAAAUCCCUUAUAUCACACUAUUAUUAUUAUCAUUAUUAUUAUUAUCAUUAUUAUUAUUAUUAUUAUUAUUAAGAAAGUAAGUAAGUACCCAGACAAUGUACAGAUUUACUUCAAAUGUGCCAAACCUACAUUCACAUUCACUCGGGAUGUUGUAGUCUUAACUUCCAAUGCUGCAAAAAAGUCUUAUACAAUCAGCUUUUUCUAUCUGAUGAGAUGAGUUCCUACUCGGUAACUGCUGGCUCCCCUCCUGGCCCAAUCACAGGCAGAGCUCAGGGAGGAUAUGUUUUCAUCACACUUGCUCAGUCAUUCACUCACACACACACACACACACACACACACACACACACACACACACACACACACACACACACACACAUUUUGUGCUGCUGUCCUGCAGCCCCUCCAGCUUUCAGAUGUAGUUAGAAGAGCAGCAUCGAAGGAGUUUGUUCCUCUGUUGCACUGCAUUGGUGCUUUCAUAAACCACAUUGCCCAUAAUUCCUUAAGGCCAAACACGUAACCUAUUGUUCAGCAAGUGCAGUGCAGUAUGGUGUACCAAACCCUGACAUUUAGCAUUUGUCACUUUCAAUCAGAUUAAAGGUAAAUACAUUUUUUGGCUUAAUUUCUGCCUGGACACUUAAGAUAAUUCACAAGUCUUAAAAGUGUACCUUAAGCUCUAUUCAUUCGGCGUCAUAGGAAAGGGGAAGGAGCAGCCCCAGCAAGACCCUACUGUAGGAUAAGAGCUUCUAAUAUUCUGGAUCCUUUUAACUGUAUCUUGAAUUGUGUUUUGAAUCGGUACAAAAAUGUACAAAAUGUUACUAUUUUUAUUAGCUUGUUAAUAUUUUUAAAUGUCUUCUCAGCAUCACGUGGGAAAGAUACACCAAACUUGUGUUUUAAAAAAAGAAUUUAUAGAGUUGCAAAACAAUGGGUUUAAUAGGUCUGUUAUUUCAAAAAAGGGUACCUUUUUCUACGUUGCAUGUAUAUUUUGAGGACAAGUAAAUUAUUAAGAGAAGAAUGGAGGAAAAAAAGGUGCAUAACUCUCACUCAGCCUCUCAGUCACAACCACCCCGGUCAGAGCACACAAGUUUUUUCCACAGUCUGAAGCGAGAUGUUCCUCUUUCGUCUUGGUGCGGCCCAGUGGUCAGCACCAUGCUGGGAGUGCACGCUUUUUCCCUCUAUUUUACUCAGAUGUCACAUUCUUUCUCUGAAGACACAUCAUAUUUUUUUUCUUUGUCUCUUUUCACUACGGUCUCUGCAAUUUGAACAUGUUUCCAUUUCCAACACCUGUAACCUCAGGUGGUUUCUGGGUGCUCUGUUUAGUUGUUUUUUCUUCUGACUUCUGUCUCUUUAUGACCAUAUCUGGCAAUUUUUACUUGUAAAAGCUUCACAAGCUGGGACUGAACAUUGGUUUUUGCUUGCAUUAAUGGGGAAAAAGCAGCAUGCAGAGACAUUUCUUUUAAUGUCAUACACAUCCUAAGCACUGGAUAUAAAUUCUAUGUUUGUUUUUUUUUUAGUAUUGACUAAUGUGAAGUUGUUGUUUGAUUUUCAACAUGAUAAAUUAGAACAGUCAAAAGUCAUAUGUUUGGACUCUCGAGGAAGCCUCGUACAUGCCAGGCACCAGUAAAUUGCCAUUUCUUUAGAAGCAUUUCAUUUAUUUAAGCAAAUUUUGUUGCCGCAGCUCUAGCACCGCCUAAAGGGGGUCACAUCACCUCUGAUCUCUUUAAAAAGGUAACCUCAUGCUCUUGUCAGUUGUGACCUGCAGAAGCAGAACACAUUUUCUGGUCACACACAUUUUUGUGAUGAGUAUUGUAUUUGAAAUUCAAUUGUGCGUUUUAACAUUUCAUUGUAUUUAUUAGCCAGCUUUGGCUCUAAAAAGUGUCAGUACAACUUGGUGAGAAAGACAAUC